UGACUCAGCGCAAAGGUAAGAGCAACCGAUUGCUGGGUGCAAAUUCUGCACCCGGACCGGUCCCACGACUAUAAAGAAAGCAAGCCGCUCGCUAGGCGUCAUCACAACUUCCAGCAGCCUGACUGCCUCCUUGUCACUUGCUCUGCUCCGUAGCUCCAGCUUCACCAGAUCUGGAAAUGGACUCCAACUGCUCCUGCUCCACCGGCAACUCCUGCACCUGCUCCAGCUCCUGCGGCUGCAAAGACUGCAAGUGCACCUCCUGCAAGAAGAGCUGCUGCUCCUGCUGCCCAGUGGGCUGCUCCAAGUGUGCCCAGGGCUGUGUCUGCAAAGGGGCGGCGGACAAGUGCACGUGCUGUGCCUAACGGGAGGACAAUGCUGCCCCCACGUGUAAAUAGUGCGGACCAACCCGGAGUUUUUCAGACAGCUCUACCCUGUUUUCAAAGCCCCCUUUUCUACGGAAUAUGUGAAUAAAAAGCCAAUGUGAUUCUAA